CUGGAUUUCAACCAAUGGGCAGUCACGUCAAAUGUACGCACAGUUUUUUUUACACUUCUGUUGUAAAUAAACGAAUGACAGAGACGCUUCUGAUAGUUAAAUUGCUACCAAAAUAUAUAACCACAACGGAAUCGCAUUCCUCGACUGUGUGCCAAGGCUGUUGCGGCUAAGUUGAUGUCAUUCCUACCCACCAGUUUGCUCCCAUUGACUGGUAACUUGUGGCCAAUGCCACAGGCUCUACCUUCUGAGAGAAGCGGGCAAUCAACUUUGGAAAGAGUUCCCAAGCUAGCCUUAACAGACCGAUCGUGUCCCCUCGUGGCUGUUGGACUGAAGAGGGAAAAUUGUCAUGUCGGAGUUAAAUAAAGAGGUGGUGGAUUUGGUUUGGGGGAGACCCUCCAGUGGAGGAGUUUCUGCCUCCAUCUUCCGCAGAUGGACCCAAGGAUUUGUUUAUUGUGAGAAUGAGCAAACAGCACUGGAGCAGUUUGAAGGAGGGCCGUGUGCUGUCCUUGCACCUGUCCAGGCUUUCCUGCUAAAGAACAUUAUUUUCAACAGAGAAAGCUCGAACUGGAGACAGAUGACAGAAGAGGAGCAAAAAAUAGCCCUGUGUUCCACGCUGAGUGAAAUCCUGGAGUCUGCCUGCUCCAGCCCCUCCACAGGGUUCUGCCUGGUGAACUGGGCCAAGGGACAAAGCCCGCAUAGCAGCACACAGUCACAGUCGCAAACACAGGACAUGCCAGUGCCACAGAGCAGCCAGCCUCCACAGGAACAGCAACCCACUGCUUUGGCUGCCGAAGACCUUGGCUUUGAGCGAUUUCACGGUGUUCUCCAUAAGCGGACUGUGAUGUCAGUGUCUGGUCUCAGAGAGGAGGUGUUGUCUCUCUGCCACACCUGGAGGGGGUGCUGUGGAGUCUUGCUUUUCCUCUACUCUGUCAUCCUCACUAAGGGCAUAGAGAAUAUAAGAAAUGAGAUCCAGGACACAAUGGAGCCUCUCAUAGACCCUGUGCAUGGCCAUGGCAGCCAGAGCCUGGUGAAUCUCCUUGUAACUGGCCAUGCCGUCUCUAAUGUUUGGGAUGGAGACAGGGAGUGCUCUGGCAUGAAACUUCAUGGUAUUCAUAAACAGGCAUCAGUGGGCUUCCUCACGCUUAUGGAAUCACUACGCUACUGCAAGGUUGGAGCAUUCCUGAAGUCUCCAAAGUUCCCUAUUUGGAUCCUUGGCAGUGAAACUCACCUCUCUGUGUUUUUUACCAAGGAGAUGUCCCUGGUGGGUCCAGAGUCUCCAUCAGAACAAGCAAGGAGGGUCUUCCAUUCAUUCGACCCUGAAGAUAAUGGCUUCAUCCCGGAAUCUCUGCUGGAGGACGUGAUGAAAGCCCUUGACCUUGUCUCAGAACCCGAGUAUGUCAGCCUGGUGAAGAGUAAGCUGGAUCCAGAGAGUUUGGGCAUAAUUCUUCUGGGCCCGUUCCUGUUGGAAUUCUUCCCUGAUCAGGAUUCAGGAAUCCCAGACUCAUUUCCCAUCUACCACUACAAUGGACUUAAACAGUCCAACCACAACGAGAGGGUGGAGUAUGUGGAAGGUACGGCUUUGGUGCUGGGAUUUGAGGACCCCAUGGUUCGGACAGACGACACCCCAGUGAAGCGCUGCCUACAGACCCGGUGGCCCUACAUCGAGCUGCUGUGGUCCACCGACCGCUCCCCGUCACUGAACUAGCCUGAAAGAGGGUCAGCAUGCAAAGGAAUGAGAAUAAAAAGGGACUGAGACAAAAAUGUUUGUGGACUAAACACACAUGCCUGAGAUCCAUUCUCACUCGCACAUUCCACAAAAACCCAGCUCACCUUUACAGUUCAUGUCAUUGUCUAUUCACUAUGGAUUGUAAUUGACACACAGGAUGUUAAUGAUGUAAUUAUUUAAAAGGAAGAAAAAAAAAGACUUUUUAUUUUUGCAGCUCUGCUCUUUGCCAACACCUCUGCUACAGUUAAACAGUAGACAGCCAGAACCUGUUUAGAGAGCAAACUGGUUUGGUUUAACGACUCGAGUGUAUCUCUAAGACUUAAACCCCAGUACAGCCUGACUGAAACUCUACUGUUAUCCCAGCUAUACGACUGUUUGAGGGAAAACCUACCAAAGCCUUCCACAUACAAAAACACACACACACACACACACACACACACACACACAGUCACACUCACUGAUAAGCGUUUACAGCGUAAAGGGACCAACCUAGACGCAGAGAACUGGAGAUUUGUACAGAGGGUUUUGUCAGUAUUUUCACCAAUGUGAUGCUGGUUUAGGCUCUGUGUGUGUGUUUGUGCAACACACUAGGAUGUUGGCCAAGUGUUCAUGUAUUUAUUAUAACACUUAAAGGUUCUGGAAUAAACACUUUUUUUGUUCAAA